GAAUGGAUGGAGGAGGACAAGGCCCAAGAGGAGAGGAUGGAGAAGGAGAUGGUUGAGAAGGACAGGAUGGAGGAGGACGACAAGGCCCAAGAGGAGAGGAUGGAGAAGGAGAUGGUUGAGAAGGACAGGAUGGAGGAGGACAAGGCCCAAGAGGAGAGGAUGGAGAAGGAGAUGGUUGAGAAGGACAGGAUGGAGGAGGACAAGGCCCAAGAGGAGAGGAUGGAGGAGGAGAAAGAGAAGAUCACUAAAGAGAGAGAUGAAAAAGAAAGACUUGAGAAGGAACGAGUCGCUAGAGAAACCGAGAGACUAGAGAAGGAACGAGACGCUAGAGAAACCGAGAGACUAGAGAAGGAACGAGUCGCUAGAGAAACCGAGAGACUAGAGAAGGAACGAGUCGCUAAGGAAAGAGAGCGACUAGAGAAGGAACGAGUCGCUAAGGAAAGAGAGAGACUAGAGAAGGAAAGAGUCGCUAAGGAAAGAGAGAGACUAGAGAAGGAAAGAGUCGCUAAGGAAAGAGAGAGACUAGAGAAGGAACGAGUCGCUAGAGAAAGAGAGAGACUAGAGAAGGAACGAGUCGCUAAGGAAAGAGAGAGACUAGAGAAGGAACGAGUCGCUAAGGAAAGAGAGAGACUAGAGAAGGAACGAGUCGCUAAGGAAAGAGAGCGACUAGAGAAGGAACGAGUCGCUAGAGAAACCGAGAGACUAGAGAAGGAACGAGUCGCUAAGGAAAGAGAGAGACUAGAGAAGGAACGAGUCGCUAGAGAAAGAGAGAGACUAGAGAAGGAACGAGUCGCUAGAGAAAGAGAGAGACUAGAGAAGGAACGAGUCGCUAGAGAAACAGAGAGACUAGAGAAGGAACGAGUCGCUAAGGAAAGAGAGCGACUAGAGAAGGAACGAGUCGCUAAGGAAAGAGAGCGACUAGAGAAGGAACGAGUCGCUAAGGAAAGAGAGCGACUAGAGAAGGAACGAGUCGCUAGAGAAACCGAGAGACUAGAGAAGGAACGAGUCGCUAGAGAAACCGAGAGACUAGAGAAGGAACGAGUCGCUAGAGAAAGAGAGAGACUAGAGAAGGAACGAGUCGCUAAGGAAAGAGAAAGACUAGAGAAGGAACGAGUCGCUAGAGAAAGAGAGAGACUAGAGAAGGAACGAGUCGCUAAGGAAAGAGAGAGACUAGAGAAGGAACGAGUCGCUAAGGAAAGAGAGAGACUAGAGAAGGAACGAGUCGCUAGAGAAAGAGAGAGACUAGAGAAGGAACGAGUCGCUAAGGAAAGAGCGAGACUAGAGAAGGAACGAGUCGCUAAGGAAAGAGCGAGACUAGAGAAGCAGAGGGUGGAGAGCGAGCAUAUCGCUAAGGAAAGGUCCCGAGUCGCUCAGGAGAAGCAGAGGGCGGAGAAGGACAGAUUUGAGAGGGAACGAGUUUCCCGGGAGCAGAAGGAGAGCGAGGCGGCCCGGGAGAAGGACGGACUCCUGCAGGGGAGGACGGAGAGGCCGCGGCUCGCCAGAGAGAAGGCUGCCCGGGACAAGAUGGAGGCGGAGAGGCCGGCGAAGGUAGAACCGAGGAAACGGGAGCUCCUGGAGGGGAAGUCCAACUCGUCCCAGACGACCGCGUCGGCGAUCCGGAGGGAGAAGAUGGCCGUCGGUGGGAAGAAGAAUUGACUGGUGGGAUGGACGUUGUCUUGAUGAAGGGUGGGACAGCAGUGACACAAGCCGCUCCUCAUUUGAUGACAUUAGCUAAUAAACCUUUUCUGGCUUUUGUCACUAAAUAUCCUCAAAAUAAUAAAGGUAUAGUUUGGAAAUUUA